AUGUCGGGCUCAGAGAACAAGCAUGAUAGCGUCCCGCCGACCGGGCGCGAAGCCUCGCCAAGUACGAAGCGGGCUGCGCCCGAGGCUGAGCAGGAUGUAGAAAUGGGCAUCGAGAAAGACACACAAUCCCGACCCGGCAAUCCUGAUCAGAUGGAUACAACAGCAUCGGAAGCAUCCACGGGCAAUGAUGGAACCUCGCCGUCCGACAACGCCUACCAAACGCCGUCCAGCAUGUCGACCUAUACUGCUCCUGUGACAGGAACCCAGAACAACACCAAGACCGAAGCUUCGAUGUCGUCUAAUGAGCGGCCUUCCUACGAUGACCAGGUCGCCAAGGUGACGUGUUUUAUGAUGCAGCCGCUGCAGGAAGGCCAGAAGGGUUACGUAGUUUCCAUGUCGUGGUUAAAGCGCGUUCUUGCACGGAGUUCCACUCAUGCCGACAAUAUCGACAAGAGCGCUGCAGAGGGUGAAAUUGGUCCGGUCGACAACUCGGACCUUGUUCUGGUUACCGAUCCGGUCAACGUGGGGCUCAAGGAUGAGCGCGAGCAACCAUUCAUCCCUCUGCGUCCGGGAUUACAGUUUGGGGAAGACUUUGAAGUUGUGCCCCAGGAAGGUUGGGAUCUCAUCAUGCAAUGGUAUGGUCUCGCCGAGCAGUCGCCAGCCAUCGUUCGCUAUGCCCACAACACCAGCCCGUUCGGUGCUGCGGAGAACAUCCAAUAUGAGCUCAACCCGCCGGUCUACACUAUCCUGAAGCUCUCAAACCCACAAAAGGGCGUUACUCCGGACACUUUGCGAGACAAAGCGAAGCUGCCCGUUAAGAGCUUGGCCAGCCGGCACGACAACUUCCAGACUUGGCUGCGGAAGGCGAAACGGUCGGUCAAUGUUGACCCCUUGGUGAAGGUUCGUGUUUGGAGGAUCCUCGGAGGCCUGGGCAGUGCCGCUGCAUCAACCAACAUUACCCCUGCUGCGUCUCGCAGCGCAUCCCCAGCCCCAUUCUCGCCACUUGUUUCAAAUGCAGGCAGCAGCUAUGUCCUUGACCUAAAUACAUUCCUCUCCCUUUCAGAGGGGUCUCAGCGAGAAUUACUGGAUGUCAAAGAUCAGUCAAACAAUCCCAAGUAUAAUGGUAAGAUGACGCUCGACGCCGCAGGCCUAGGCGAACCCAGCGUCAUCGUCCUUGAAGAGGGCGUGUUUGGCGCCAAUAGCGACGCGGAGUGGGUAUCCGACCUCUCCCAGCAAGCCAUGAAUCGACUCGGUGUCCCGUCCGGUAGCUUGAAGCCCAACAAGCUGAAGAGCAAGAGCCCAGCAACCAGCGGGCGAUCUUCUCCAGUACCAGAACCCAUCAGGAAAACCCGUAAGGACGGCAAGCCCCGAGGCAAUACCGGUCUUAGCAAUUUGGGCAAUACCUGCUACAUGAACUCUGCUCUGCAGUGCGUUCGUAGCGUAGAGGAGCUGACUUAUUACUUCCUGAACGAUGUCUAUAAGAAAGAUCUUAACCCCAGCAAUCCUUUAGCUCAUAACGGCGACGUGGCCAAAGCGUACGCAAAUUUGCUUCGGAAUAUUUACGAUGAAGCAGGACACGGCUCCUUUGCACCAAGGCAGUUGAAGAACACCAUUGGCCGGUAUGGUCCGGCGUUCUCCGGCUAUGGCCAGCAGGACUCACAAGAAUUUCUUUUGUUCCUACUUGACGGUUUGCAGGAGGACUUGAACAGGAUUCAGAAAAAGCCAUACAUCGAGAAGCCCGACUCAACGGACGAGAUGGUGCACAAUAAAGAAGCUCUCAAGGAAUUUGCCGACAAGUGCUGGGACAUUUACAAGGCACGCAACGAUUCGGUCAUCACGGAUCUGUUUGCCGGCAUGUACAAGUCGACUCUUGUAUGCCCUGUCUGCGACAAAGUUAGCAUCAUCUUCGAUCCUUUCAACAACCUCACGCUCCAACUGCCGAUUGAGAACCUGUGGAGCAAGAGUAUCUUCUACUUCCCUCUUCACAAGAAACCGAUCAUCAUAGAUGUCGAGAUCGACAAGAACUCCAGCAUCAAGGCACUCAAGGAGUUUAUUGCUAAGAAAGCAGGCUCUGAUCCGGAGCGGCUGGUCAUGUCGGAGAUCUACAAGUCCAAAUUUUACAAGAUGUUCGACAAUGUCAGCUCGAUUGCGGAUUGCCAAAUAGGUGAUUCCGACGAGAUUGGUAUGUUUGAGCUCGAGUCGGUGCCGACGAAUUAUAACCCCGACAAGCAGACUACGAAGAGCUACUUUUCCUACGGCCGCUCGAGCCAUGAGGAGGUUCCGAGCUUUGACUCGCCCAAGGCAGACCGCAUGCUUAUACCUAUUUUCAACCGCCAUGAAGGGCAGCGGGGUUACCGCAUGCAACGUCAAUUCUUCGGCGUGCCUUCGUAUGUCGUUAUCAACCGGGAAGAGGCUACCGAUUAUGAUGCCAUUCUGCGCAAGGUCCUCUCUGAAGUUGCUACGAUGACGACCAGGGACUUCCUCAACGAGCAGAUUGAGACUCAGCAGCAAGAAACUACAGAGGACUCGGAUACUGUUAUUAUGAACGAAGAUGACGCAGAGUCUGCCGACGACAAGAUCAAGACAACAUCUGUUGAUGGAGAGGAGGGCAUGGUGGACGUUUCCAUGCGUGAUGCAUCCGACCAAGCCGAGGCUGCGGAUGAUCUUACUCUCGCGCAUAGCUCGAUUCCCGCACCAUUCCACAGACUUUUCGAUAUGAAGAUUGCGCGAACGAAUGAAGCCGUUCCACUUGGGUUUUCAUCUGUAGAUGAGAACAAAGAUUACAACUUAAUGAAAUCACGAAUCCAGAAGCCUACUGCCAUAGAGGAGGCGAAUAAAGACGGUGAUGGGGAACAGGACGAAGACUCAGACGACGAGAUUGACAUGAUCACUGAGCGUACAGUGACACCAAAACCCAGGCCGCAGCGUCCUCUCAUCAAUCCCGGCGAGGCUAUCGUGCUCGACUGGAAUACCGAUGCUCAUGAGGCUCUGUUUUCUGGCGACGUUCGGGAUCCCAACGGUCCUCGGGGCGCUCCCACGUGGACAAGUAUUGAACGCAUGCCAGAUCCAGAGCUGGCUAACCGACGUGCUUUGCGGACGAGGCGGAAAAAGAAGGGAGUCACUCUCAAUGAGUGUCUAGACGAGUUCAACAAGGAGGAGAUUCUCUCAGAGAACGACGCCUGGUAUUGUCCGCGCUGCAAAGAGCAUCGACGUGCCAGAAAGAAGUUCGAGUUGUGGAAGACACCCGAUAUUCUUGUCAUGCACCUUAAGAGAUUUAGCGCCAGCCGUGGGUUCCGCGAUAAGCUGGAUGUCAUGGUCGAUUUUCCAGUCGAAGGUCUGGAUCUAACCGGCCGCGUAGAGGCGCCCGAGGAGGGUAAGAGCUUAGUGUAUGAUCUCUUCGCUGUGGACAAUCACUACGGCGGGCUUGGAGGUGGCCACUACACCGCAUACGCGAAGAACUUCAUGACUGGCCAAUGGAACGAAUACAAUGAUUCAUCGGUUUCACGGCCAAUUGACCCCCAGAAUGCGGUCACCUCAUCAGCAUAUCUGCUCUUCUACCGCCGGCGCUCGGAUCGUCCACUCGGUGGCAAGAUUCUGGAAGAGAUCACCGAAUCGUCCACCCGGCCAGCCAGUGAAUCCGACUCGCAGGAAUCGCGCGGGCCGUCUCCGUCGGGGGAAGGUCGGCGUCUCGGCGGCUCCUCCCGCAAUGGGUCGUCGAGCGCCUUAGCCGGAGUCGGAGCAGCUCACCAGUUGGGAGAUGGUGGUUUGCGAACCGGAGCGAAGAGCAGUGAGGAUGCCAAUCCCCCGGAGUACUCGAACAGCCCGUCGUAUGGUGAGCGCAGCCUCGGCGGUACAGGUAUGGACACUAUGACCUAUGAAGACGACGAUUACGGUAGUGGGCUGGGCAACAACGACACGUUUCGCCUCUCCAAUCCCUCGCCCUCCUGGUCGUUCAGUCGAGUCACGGAUGCUCAUCAUGGCCUUUCACAGAUGACAGAGCUCCCGGGAUCCCUCUCUGAUGAUGACAACGACGACGACGACGAUUCGAACAAGGCUGUAGGUGGUGGCGACAUGAGCGAUACCGACUUGCGCCUGGCUUCUUUAGCGGAUAGUCCGUUCCAGGGUCCAGUCUACCCCGGGACACCGCUAGAUGAGACAGCCCCAACGCUGACGACGGAAUUCCCUCAACACGAUGCGGACGACGACGACCUCCCUGUGGUGGAACUACACGUGGGUGAAGAGGAACGACUUGACUGAUUAGAUUUCUUUCAUUCUUUCUUUCUACGAAUUUUGGAUGUGAAAAUGAGAUGACAUUCUAGACGCCUGUCAUGAGGACGACAGGUAUGGUGCAUAGGCACGCGCAUACGCUCGGGCUCUGCCCUCCCUGCUUUGUUUUUGCUUGUUUUCGAUGGACGGGAUCUAUAAUAUAUUCCUCCUUCCCUGUUUCUGCAUGUAUGUCCCCAAAAGCUUUUUUCUCUUUUUGUGACAACUUCUAGAGCAGAAGGUGUCACCACUCGCCAAAUCGGAUGUGAUGUGAGACGGAUGGCGAUAUGGAGCCUUGCUGUGCUACGAAGAGGAGCAUGGCAUGCCAUGAUGUCGGAGUAUUGUGUAUAGGAUGAGUCCUCAGCUAGAGGGUAUACGGCAAUAGAUCGUAUGAACUGGCUUUUCUUGUCAGGCUCGCUACUAUGAU